GGCGGGACGAGAUUUGAUGUAAACAGAAGUGAUGACUCACUUAAACGGGAAUGAAACAAACGAAUGCGGCGUAAUUUCUCUAGAAAAAAAACACUUAGAUGUUACAGCCGUUGACAGAGUUUUAAUAAACUCCUUUUUAAGUGCUGGUAACGUUAUAUGACGUUAUUUAGCACGCGACACGUUCAAAAACCGACAGCGAGGUUUCAGUUUAACCGUUAGAUUCUGGACGUUGGUGCUGCUGCGUUUGUUCGAUAAGAAGCUUUUUCAGACAAGUGAGUCAGAGGGGACACUCCUCUGGUUUCCUGCAGAGAAAUAUGGCCUCAAACUUGGAGGUGCUGACUCUCAUCCACCAAACACAGAGCUGCAAACCAUCCCAAUGUGUGCUGAAGAUGUCUUCUGUACAAAACAGAGACACAAGAAAUACUGAAUAAAUAUAAUUUAAUAAUAUAUUACAUGCUGUGUUUGUCCAUCCAUCCAUCCAUUCUCUAUACACCGCUUUAUCCUCACUAGGGUCGCGGGGGAUGCUGGAGUCUAUCCCAGCUGACUCGGACAAAGCCAGGGGACACCCUGGACAGGUCGAUGCUGUGUUUGUGUUUUGUUUAAUAUAGAGAGAUGUGCAGUAUAAAAUCAAAGCAUAAAUAUUUGACAAAUUGGUGAUUUAGUGUCUUUAGGAACACAGAUGUGUUGAUUAAGGUAAUCCAUAAAUUUCCUGAAAGUGCCUGUGAAACCAAUGAGUUUAGACAUUGACACUGUACAAAAGAAUAAUAAAAUUAAUAUACUGACUUGAACGCUGUUAGUUAAGUAACGUGAGACCUAAUCUUCCAUAUUUUAUGGCUGUAGGUUAGGUUAGGUGUCAAAAAAGACACCAACUGCAGUGAAUGCUGGUUGAUCUCUGAACACUCUGUCCUGUCUGCUGUUGGCCUGCAGAGGGCGCUGCGUGGUUUGUUUUGGACCAGAGACGCUCUCUGAUUGGACCAGGAAUCACACGUGACCAGAAAUCACGUUCUGGCGGGACGAGAUCUGGUGUAAACAGAAGUGGUGACUCGUUCAGAACGGGGAUGAAACAGACGACCGCGUCGUAGUUUUCGAGUACACAAACCACUUAGAUGUUACAGUCGUUGAAAAUUCGUUUAAAGUUGCUCUCAGAGGUUUAAUAAACCGCUUUUUAAGUGCCGGUGACGUUAUAUGACGUUAUUUAGUACGUGAGACGUUUAAAACCGACAGCGAGGUUUCAGUUUAACCGUUAGAAUCUGGACGUUGGUGCUGCUGCGUUUAUUUGAUAAGAAGCUUUUUCAGACAAGGCACCUUCACACUGUUAAAUGAUGGAGUCAUCUGACAGUGAGGCGAGCCUCAAUCACAAGCUGGAGGCCGUGGCUCUGAAUGAUGGUCCUGCUCCUGAAAACUCCACUGGACAGACGGAAACAUCGCCCGUGGACAUGCUGAGAAUACGACAGCAGAUGUCCAACCAGUGCUUUGAGAUGGCAGUACAGCUCCAUGCAGAUAAAAGUAAAAGAUCGUGCAGCACAUCUGAAGCAGACAGAGACUUACCAGAUUACAUCAGUGAACUUGAAAUGGUCAAAACACUUCAUUUUAACAACACACUGUCACUGCACAGGAUGCAGAUGUGGCAUGCUAUGGGGGAAAAGCUGAAACAGAGUGAUCCAGAGGCAGAUGCCCUGAAAGUCGUCACUGAUCGCUGCAUGACUCUUUGUUCACGAAUAAAACAUCUUCAGCAAGAGUCAAGAAAUCUUCAAGAUGAAAUUACAGAAUUACAGAAGACCAGACUGGACAUGAAACGACUCACGCAUGAGAAAAUGAGACAGAUUGAGGAGCUGGCGUUAAAAAAGGAGCAUCCAGAUACAGAAAAGUACAAAGCUGCAUUGGAGAAAGGCCAAGCGAACCUGGAGAAAUACAAAAAGAUGGCCAUCAUGACACAGAACGUUCUAAGGGGGAUCCUUAUGGCCUGUAAAGUCAACUGGCUGGAUGAUCCCACGCUUCGAGACAUCGCCAUGACCCUGGAGGAGUUUCCUAUCUCUGACUAGAGCAGGAAUUUAGUUGUCUCAUUAAUGUUUCUGUAUAGCAAUGUCUAAUAAACAAACUUUUCAAUGCA